UUGGGAAAAAGUUGCGCAUACGACAUGGUCACACAGGAAAACAAAAAGCAAAAAAUCGGGAAAUCGGAAGGUUGGACGCGGAGAGAGAAUUCACCGAAACAACAACAGACAAGUCGCAGGGGCUAAAAAGAAUAAACCCAGGGAGAGGGAGAGAGACGGGUGUCGGGGCCGAAAUAAGCAAUAUUUUCGUUUUCUGUGAUUUUCGAGUGUGACGGGACGGCGUGUUGUGAGUGCUUCCGAGCCAAAUUACGAAUCGCGCGACAGUGGCCAAAAUAUAUUUUUAUAGCAACAAGCGACGCUAGCGAAACGGAAAUAAAUCAGAGCACCCAAAGUGCAGAAAUGCCGAGGGCAUUUGCAUAAUUUUCGGGUCGUCUUAGCGAGAGUUGUAUAAUAAAAUUGCGAAUCCCGGGCGGUAGGCGCGGCUCACCACAAAUGGACGGGGAAUGCGGCGACGGCCCCACCACCACCACCACCCCAUCCACCGCCACCCCAGCUGAGAGCUCCUCCGAAGCCAAGACCCAAUCCCAAAAAAUAUCAGAAAAUGUCUAGUGCCCACUACCAGGCACUCGAGCCGCAGACUUCCGACGAGGAUAACGAGGACAUCGAACGGCCGCUCCACCAGAACCACCUACGUAGCAGCUACACCUCCUCCUCCUCCUCCUCCGCCUGCAACGCCCCGCAUCCCAUGGUCAGGAAGGCGUCAGGGGGCGUGGCCAGGCGCCGCUGCAUACUGCCCCUGGUGGGCGUGGCCCUGUUCUUCGUCGCCUUCUGCUACCUCACCCUCAGCGGGGACACCCGAAUCGCCCUGGGACUGGGCGGUGGUUCCGAGGACUCGGAGGAGGGCUCCCACCACGGAUUAGGUAAGCAAGGGGCUCUCUUUAUGGCGACCCCUCGUCCCGCAGACUGGCUGUUGAGGUAUACCCGCCAAGGGGCAGCAAGAACAGAACUUCAGGACAUUAUAAACGAUAGAACUCAAGAGAUCACAGCAUACGAAACUGAACUUAGGCUAGACAGUCAAGAACCCAAUCCGAAAAAACCCCCGAGAAGGCAUCGUUUCAAGCCGAAAUACCAUAGUAUCAAUUUCCGGCCACUCAACGAAAGCCUGCACAUUUGCAGCGAGAGCUAUGAGGAUCGCCGGCAGUUCAUGCAGGAUAAACCGCGAUCUGAAUAUGGACAGUUGCCGAUUAUAUAUUUCGUAACUCCAACGUAUCCAAGGCGGGAGCAGAUACCAGAACUAACCCGUCUGGCGCACACGCUGCUCCAUGUUCCGCGAUUGCACUGGCUGGUGGCUGAUGAUCAGGAGAAGUGCAACGGCUAUAUGGACACCCUGCUCAACCGAUUCGGCAUGCCCUAUACCCAUAUGGUAAGCCCCAUGCCCAGCAAGUUUCGAAAUGAAAAGCCAGCCCCGCGAGGCGUCGCCAAUCGCAGGGCCGCUUUGCAGUGGCUGCGCCAGCACAAUCUCACCAAUGGCGUACUUUACUUCGGGGACGAUGACAACACCUACGACCUGCGUCUGUUCUCAGAGAUCAGGAAAACGCAACGGGUUUCCAUGUUCCCCGUCGGCCUGAUUGCAGAUUAUGGGGUCAGUGGACCAGUAGUGCGCAAAGGCAAGGUGGUAGCUUUCCUGGACUCCUGGGUGGCCGGGCGGCGCUGGCCAGUUGACAUGGCUGGGUUUGCCGUGAACUUGGAGUAUAUGGCGCAGUAUCCCUAUGUAAAUAUGCCGUACAAGCCAGGAUACGAAGAGGAUCUCUUUCUGCGCAGCAUCGGUCUGCAAAUGAGUCUGAUAGAACCGCGAGGUAACAACUGCACUGAGAUUCUCGUCUGGCACACCCAGACGAAAUCAAAAAAACUGGGAAUGGUUCGGCUAGAAAGCAAAUAUUUGGACGAUCGUUCAAACCUGGGCGCCCUGCUUCUCAAUCUUAAACUAAUGGGCGUGGCCAGUACAACGGAAAAUGAAGGACGCAAUGCACUGAUCAGCAAGAAUGGCAAGGAGAAGCCGCACUCUGCCAUAUUGAGCUGAGUCCCAGGGUCCAACAUCCGAAGGAGAGCACGAAUAAUACUCGUAGACUUAUAGAGCUAAUUGUAUAAUAUUUCUGUAACAAACCCAAUCUCGAAUCACCCGUUUCUUGUAUUCCAUGGAACUUUUCCGUUCUAGUUAUCAGUCGUUUUCGCACUGCACAAUAUCUAGAAUAUUUAGUUUUUUACGACUUGCGUCGGUGUUGCCUCUCUGUUCUCGGUUCUCAUCAUAAUGUAAUGUUAAUAAAAAUUAUGAAUGUAUUGUUAA